AUGGCGGAGAGCAGCGCCGUGUCCGACCCUCAGCACGCCACCCGGCUUCUCCGCGCUCUGAGCUCCUUCCGAGAGGAGGCCCGUUUCUGUGACGCGCACCUGGUGCUGGAGGGCGAAGAGAUCCCGGUGCAGAAGAACAUCCUGGCGGCCGCCUCGCCCUACAUCCGGACAAAAUUAAACUAUAAUCCUCCAAAAGAUGAUGGGUCAACUUAUAAAAUUGAACUUGAAGGAAUAUCAGUAAUGGUCAUGCGAGAGAUUCUGGAUUACAUCUUCAGCGGACAGAUCAGGCUAAAUGAAGAUACAAUCCAAGAUGUUGUUCAAGCAGCAGACUUGUUGCUGUUGACAGACCUGAAAACUCUCUGCUGCGAAUUUUUGGAAGGUUGUAUUGCUGCUGAGAACUGCAUUGGCAUUCGAGACUUUGCACUGCAUUAUUGUUUGCAUCAUGUACAUUAUCUUGCUACGGAAUACCUGGAGACUCAUUUCCGAGAUGUCAGCAGUACUGAAGAGUUCUUAGAAUUAAAUCCUCAAAAGUUGAAAGAAGUGAUUUCUCUUGAGAAGUUAAAUGUUGGGAAUGAAAGAUAUGUAUUCGAAGCAGUUAUUCGAUGGAUAUCCCAUGAUUCAGAAAUAAGAAAGGUCCACAUGAAGGAUGUUAUGUCAGCUCUAUGGGUUUCAGGGUUAGACUCCAGUUAUUUACGGGAACAGAUGUUGAGUGAACCAUUAGUACGAGAGAUCGUCAAAGAAUGUAGCAAUAUACCCCUCAGCCAACCACAACAAGGAGAAGCAAUGCUAGCAUCUUUCAAACCCAGGGGUUAUUCUGAAUGCAUAGUAACUGUUGGUGGUGAAGAAAGAGUUUCAAGGAAACCAACAGCAGUGAUGCGUUGUAUGUGCCCUCUUUAUGACCCUAAUAGACAACUUUGGAUUGAACUGGCCUCAUUAAGUGUUCCAAGACUUAACCAUGGAGUACUCUCAGCAGAAGGAUUUUUGUUUGUAUUUGGGGGCCAAGAUGAAAAUAAAAAGAUCCUGAGUUCAGGUGAAAAAUAUGAUCCAGAUUCUAAUUCAUGGAGUGCAUUACCACCAAUGAAUGAGGCAAGACAGAAUUUUGGAAUUGUGGAGAUAGAUGGAAUGCUUUAUGUUUUGGGUGGUGAUGAUGGUGAAAAAGAGCUGAUUUCCAUGGAAUGUUAUGAUAUAUAUUCUAAAACCUGGACAAAACAGCCUGAUUUGACCAUGGUUAGAAAGAUUGGCUGCUAUGCAGCAAUGAAAAAGAAAAUCUAUGCAAUGGGAGGAGGAUCAUAUGGAAAACUUUUUGAAUCUGUGGAGUGUUACGAUCCUAGGACUCAGCAAUGGACUGCUAUUUGUCCAUUAAAAGAAAGCAGAUUUGGGGCCGUGGCUUGUGGAGUUGCCUUAGAACUCUAUGUAUUUGGUGGAGUCAGAACUCGUGAAGAAGGUCAAAACAAUGAGAUGGUGACAUGCAAAUCAGAAUUCUACCAUGAUGAAUUUAAAAGAUGGAUUUAUCUUACUGACCAGAAUUUAUGCAUCCCAGCAAGUUCCUCUUUUGUUUAUGGAGCUGUUCCUAUUGGGGCCAGUAUCUAUGUGAUUGGAGAUCUUGAUACAGGUACCAACUAUGACUAUGUUCGUGAGUUUAAAAGAAGCACAGGCACUUGGCACCACACUAAACCACUCUUUCCAUCAGACCUUCGUCGCACUGGCUGUGCUGCCUUGAGAAUUGCAAAUUGCAAGCUUUUCCGACUGCAGCUUAAGCAAGGCCUAUUCCGCAUCCGUGUUCCUUCUCCCUGAAGGCUCUCUUGGAAGUGGAAUAGAAGCAAGAACCUGACAUCGUGCACCAGAACCUUAGCUUUAGAUAAGGCAGAACAGAGAGAACGACUAAAGCUUAACUCUCUACACUGUGAUUUGGCAUAGUAACUCUUGGGGGUUUGUAAUGCUUAAAAGCAUGAGUUUUAGCUCUGUUGGGGGAGAAAGUGACUAUUCCAAAACAACCUUAGGUGAGUGAAUGAACUUUUAUAGUCAGAAGCUUGUGGACUGAUGAAGAAUCAUCAGUACCAAGAAACAGAAGGGAAAUGGGAUUUAUAGAAUGUUAAAACUAAAAACUAAAACUAAAACACUAAGGUGCAUUUUCCUCAAAGGGAACUCCUUUUUACUAAGUCUGCUAUAUUAAAAUAGGUGGCUUUGGUAUACAGAAAAUCUGUAUGUAAACCAAUGUCUCUAAGCAUAACAACAAAUGCUUCUCUACAGCAGUCAUGCCCAGCUCUGCCCACCAACUUAAGGUCUGUGCUUAUGCCUGAGAGAGUGAAUGUGGACCUAGGUCUAUUGGUUACUAGUGCUAUCAGGAGAAUCUAUAAAUAUAUAUAUAUAUAUAUAUUUAAACAUAUAUAUAUUAUGAUCAGUUGCAACUACGGUAAUAAUAGAAUUCUAUCUUUUUAAGCACUCCAUCUGAAUAGUGUAAACAUUCAGUAUAUACAUGAUUCAGGAGGCAGCCCUCAUGAAUUUAAAGAAGCUGCUGACUUCUCUCUUAUGCUAAGAGAAGACUUGAAAUUAUGCUCCAUUAUCUUCCUCUGAAUAUGAACCCAGAUCUCCAUCCCCAUAGUAGAUAUAUAUGGUUGGGUUCUUUCUCCUUUGCUUACUCAUUUUUAUUUAUUUAUUUUUGUUUUACUUUGUUUUUAGCAACUAUUAGUGUAAUCAAGUUCUAGUCCCAGCAUAUAGAGAAUGAUGCCCCAUGCCUCAGGUUCUUCUUACUAUUACUUUCUGAGGUCUGUCCCACAGAGCUUAACCAGGGGCUAUCCUCUCCUCUCCUAAGCCAAGACUGGGGCCCAGAGCCAUGCUAUCUCACAAAUGAUCUUGCUCCCUGUGGUUCUUUCAGUGACUGCAAACUACAACUAUCCUCUCUGUCCUGGAAUGGAAACAAGUAACUCCUCUCUCCUACAAAUGCCUAUAGCCAGGAACAUCCUAACUCCUCUACUAUCGCAUUCAUCAAGUGUGUGCUAGCUCCUUCUCCCUCACAGCGGCAGCCUAGCCUAGGAGGUAUCUUCAGCACAGUUGUGCUUUGCUUCCCUUGACAAUGGAAGGUCCUUCAAUCUUCUCCUACUCAGUUGUCAUACCCCGACACUGUGAGAUGAAAGUUUCUAAGGUUGAGGAUGCCUCCCAACCCCAGCUGCUCUCAGGACUUGUUAUUUGUUGAUUCCACAGAGUUGGCUUGGAGGUGUUUGCUUCUCACUCAGGCUGAAUCUCCACCCCUGGAGGAUGUGUCUUUCCUGGGGGUCUUCUUAAGUUGUCUUAGGAAAACUGCUUUACCCUGACUUUUGUUUAUUUCUGCUGCUCUACAUUCCCUCCAUUCCCUCUGAGGAAAUGUUCUGUUUUGGGGGGAAUUUUUGUGGAGGAAAUUUGGAGAGCUGAAAGUUUUUUGACUUAUUCUGCUAUCUUCCCAGAAUCCUUUCAAAGACUUGAAAUUAUGAACAUCUUUCAUGUGAUUUUUAUUUCUGGGCUAACCUAUUUGGAGUUAUGAAGGAUCUUAGGAAAUAACCUUCUUCCAUCAUCAGUUAACCAAAACUCAUUGGUUUAAUAGGUCUGAAGAUUUUAAUAAGCAAGAAAAAUAUCGACAAAAAAGUUUUGUCAGAAAAACAAAAUGUAAGGCUGCUAGUUGUAAAGGAAACUGUCCAGGUAACAUAUCUUGGAUUUAAAAACCUGUUUUUAAGGAAAUCUUUAUUCUAAAGCACAUGAAAUCUUGUUUACUACUGUUUGAUUUGAACACUAUUUAGAAAGCGUUUUUGUCUAAUCAGUAGACUCUUUCCAAUAUUGUUCACCAAUAAGACUUCUUAAUCAAACUAUGGUAGUAUGAGUAAAGAUUGACUGGUAGAAUAAACUGCCUACCUCAACUUAAUUUUAUUUGUCAGUAAUAUAAUAAACUAAGCUUACAUAUCAUGGUUGGGGAAAAAAUAAAUCCUCUUCCUUUUCUCUCUCCUUCCCUCCCUCAAAACCUCACCUCUUCCCUAGCAAAAAAAGACUUCAUUUUAGCAGAACCUUUAUUUUAAAAUACUCUGUUUUUCACUCUUAACUCUUCAUAAUCUGAACUUUAUGCAAUAUCAAACUUUCUGGCCAGCUUGAUAUGCUUAGUUUUUAUUAAUUUUUUACUACUUAUUUUUCUUAGUAUAUAUGGUUGCAAAUUCUGCUAGUGUCAGACCUAAUUAGCAGGAUCUAUCUCAACAUUUAAUAAAUGGUAAGCUUUGGUUAUAAGCAAGGGUUUCUUGUAGAAACUUUUUGUGUAGAAUAUUUAUAUGCUGUCAUCAUGCAUAUAACAAAUUUUCCAUCAUGUUUAUCUACCAACUAGCAAAAAGUAAAAGGUGAUUGAUGUGCUUUUUUUCCCUCCUCUCAUGCCUGUCAGAAGAUAACACAGUUUUACUGAAAUGGAUUCAAGUAUAUGUACUUUCUGACCAGAUGUGCACUAUAAAGACUGUGCCAAAAGAAUCCUGAAGAAGGCUGUGUAUAGCACAGUGUCUUUCCCUUCUGGCCCUGAGAUGUUUGUGUGUGAAGUUACCAGGUUUUGUAUUUCACACUGGAAAUUUAUAUGCUGCACUAAAGCCAUUGGGCUGGCUUUGCUUGACAAUAAUGUUAGAUAAUUGUUUAAAUUAAACCAGGUUUUUUUCUUCUUGGUGUAUCCCAACACCAGUUGUUUUGUGCAAAUUUUCAUAAUGAUGUUAUCUUUUAAUCAAAGCAAGUCAACAAUGAAGAUACAUUUCAAGUAAAGCCAAGAAGAUGCCACAGUGAAGGAGUAGAAAAUACUUUUAAAAUUAGGUACUAGUUACAGAAGAAAAAAAAUCUCCAAAGAUGAUUUCCAGGCUGCAAUAUCUUGUGCCAGGUGCUUUCUCACCUAGAAUUGCAGUAUUUGGCAAAUGUUCAAAAUAAUAGCUGAGCUUUGUUUGAAUGGAGACUUUGGUAUCUUUGUUAAAGCCACUGUUUAUUUUAUGUAUAUGUGUGAUUUUUGUCAAAAUUUUAUAAUGCUUCUCCAAAUAAUGGUAGGAAUAUUAAUAGCAGCUCAUACUUGAGGGGAAGAAUCUCUUCAAAAAAGAAAAUUCACAGGAUUUUUUUUUUUUUUUGAUUAAUAGAUUCCUACUUGAAAUAUUUCUAUACCUAUGUAAUUCGGUAAAUUAAUCUUAAUAAAAUGAUUUUUUUUAAAUCAGCUUAUGAUGUAGCUACCCAAAUUAUAUAAUGUUUGUGAAAUAGACUUGCUAUAUGAUCAAGUAUGCAAUAACCAACAAAAGCUGCUAAGUGCCAAACUAUUAUUUUAAUUGUAUGUUAUUUUAACUUUGUAUAUAAGUAUUACAAAAAUCUUAUGUUGAAGUGCAGGGAUGUAUUUAAUAUCAUCAUGUUCUAAAAUAAAUAGUGGAUUUUUUUGUUUUAAAAUUAGAACUACUUCAGUAUUGGAAAAUAAUUUUAACUUAUUUUAUGCAGAUUUAUGUUCAAUACUCCACUUAUGCCUUGAAAUAACAUCAUAUUGUGAUGGAUGCAUUUUUCGAACUCCUUUUCAUUAGAGUACUUAUCCCAAUCAUGUAUAUAGUGAUUGGCAGCUGAUAAUAGGUCUUAAAAUUUUAAAUAUAAACACCUUCGGGUAAAAGUGCAAUUCAUAUUCACAAUCUCACCUAUAGGAGAGUUAUCUCAGGUUGUCAGAGCAAGUGGAAGUAUUAAAUGUCUCUCCUUUAUAUUAUGGUAUAUAUUAGUUUUAUUCUUCCUAUGGCCACAUGCUCUGGGAGAGAGGAAGUAGAAAAUGUUUGUGUUUUAGUGAAUGGUAAUGAGGGAAGGAGAUUGAAUUAGAUGACCUAAAAUUAUGAUUCUCUCCAAGAAUGGAUUUUCAAAGGAAACUUAAAAAUUGGGAUGAAGAUACUUUUUAGUUUUUGAGGACACUUAUAUCCUGUGAAGAGUGAGUGUAUGUAUGUAUGUGUUUGUAUAGCGGUAUGAAUGCUUAUAUGUUGUUUGAUAUGUUCUUUUAGCAUGAGUGUUAAUUUGUUGUUUUAAAAAUUUUAGUUCUGGUCUAUAUAUGUUACCAACAUUUGGUGCUUCAGAUUUAUUCUAGAACCUACUGAUCUUCAGUUUUAAACUGCUGUGUUAAUGAAUAAUUAGGCAAUAAAAUCCAUAUUGAGUUAUAAAUAUUGAAUAUUGAUAGAUUUUAAUGAGUUUGCUAGAUUUUUCUGGGGUUUUUUAGUUAAAUUAAAAAGUCUUGUUCAUCAAGUAAUUAUUGAUGGUAUGUUUUGUGCUGUACAUGCUAUUUAGGAAAUGUUUAGGAGUAAUAUUUAAUUUAGUAGCAAGUCAUGGAGAAUUAGUAACUAGAAAUAGACAUUAUAUCUAUAAGAUAUAAGAAAAGGUAAAAAUUUUCUGAGAUGUCUUAGAAAUAAGGGAACUUAAAAUAUAUGUUUUUAAGUAUUUCACCAUGCUAUAUUAAAAUUAUACUGGUACUUUUUUUGGUGAUGUGUUUAGCUUGAAAAUAUCAUUGUCUUAAUUUAUAAAUUGGGCUUAUUGCCAAGGACAUAUGCUGUGUUGGGUAAAGUAGAAGGGGAAAAAUAUCCAGUUGUGAGUAACAAAAUGUUUCUAUUAGUGUGCCAUACAGAGAGGACUCUCCUCCCUAGUGCCCGUGAUAUUCACUAUUAGUAGGUUAGACACCUAGGGAAUUCCAUUAACUCUUUUUGUUUCAUUAAAAUAUUUGAUACAUUUCUGCUGCAGCAUAUAAAAUCCAUAAUCCAAAACCAUUUUCAAGACGAUGAUUAAAAAGAUUAUAUUAACACCUCUUAGUAUGUUGGUAUACAAGAGAGAUGGGAACAUACUUGUGGUCAAUUUUCAUAUUCUUGGAUUGGAAGAAAUAAACUAACAUACACACCUUUGAUCAUUGAAAAAGAGCUCUUAUUAUCAGAAGCAUAGGGCCCCUUAAAAACCACUGUGAAGUGAAGAAUCUUAGAACUAAGCAAGUUCUUUUCUUUUUAAUUAGCUGCCUCUGAAUACUAUGAUGAAGUAACAAGCAGCCAUUAAAUGGGUAAUUAAAAGUUCAUAUCUGGACAUCCAGAAAAGGCAGUCAGUAGAUAUUCUCUCACUAAAUCAAUUAACAACCAUUUAUUGAGCAUUUGUUGUGUGUGUUUUUCUGAGAGUUGUAGGAAUUGUGAAUAUAUAAAAGAUAAGUUUUGCCUACAGAAAACUAUAGGCCUAAUUGAUGGUUCCCAGAGUAUCCUGAAAGAAAUAAGACAUUCAUUAUAAUAGUGGCUCAUAUUGCUGGUCCCUAGAAAAGUGGUUUUGUUUUUUGUAUGAAGUGCUGUCCUAAUAAUGUAGGGAAAAUAGUAUGAAAUAAAAAUUUUGAAGUGCCUGUUGUAUCUUAUUCACAACUUAAUGGCAUUCAUUUUGUAACAUAGGAUUUUAAGAGAGAGAAAUACAUUAAAACUAAGAGUGUGGAUCACUGAUAUCCUCAUAAU